UUCGAUGAAAUCGACGCGAAAACCUAUGGAACAUAUCCGUCAUUUCAGCUCAGGGGAAGAUUCGGCCAUACCUUCCAUAGUAGCAAUGGAAUUAGUCAAGCUCUCGACUUUGCCCAAAGAGUAGUUCCUGAUAGGGUUAAGAAAAUUGAGGCAACGUCUACCUACUACAACUCGCAUUUUUCUGCCAUGGACAAAUUAGUCCUAUACAAGAAGCUGACACCUCCUACCCCGAUCCCAGAUAGAAUUGGUCAGCCAAAUUAUGUCACUGUGACCGACACCGCGGAAAAUAUGAAUGGAUGGCAGCCCUCCCAAAAUUAUGUAUACAGCGAAGUCGGGAAUUUCUCAUGUAAUGUAGGAAAUGUUACGCUUAAUCCAACCUUAUUUCCGGGAGCUAAAGGAUUUUGGAUGGGAUGCGGCUAUGACAACUUGCGAUAUACAAAAUUACCGUUGGAAAAGCUACUAAAAGUUGGGCUUUCUUUCUCAUCGCCACCUAAUCCGAUGAACGAACCGAGAAUAAAUGUCCACACGGGGAAUAACAUGCUUAGCAUCUACAUCGAUGCAAAGGCUGGACCACACCAGGUUAUCGAGCUUUCUGAUUUCGUCUCUCAUCUUGACAACAUAACGAUGCUUGAAUUGGAGACUUAUCCCGUGUACUCGAUUUAUCGGGAUUAUUUUAUCCUGGAUAGAAUUUCAUUGUAUAAGAUUAUUUAACAAUAUGCAAUUAGAGGAAUAGCUAAGUGAAUAAUUUUAUUUAUUUACGUAGCUACUUAAGUAGCGGCUAUUUAAUUCGGUCGAAAUAAUUGAUGCAUAACUUAUGUAAUUGACGAGUCAAACACUAUUAAUUCAUCUCAUAGAUAUACACAUUACUUCAUACAUAGCGUAGUCACGUUAACUUGGCGUAUUUCGCAAAUUGAGAAUAGCAACAUAACUUGCGAAGUUUUGUGAGAUAUCGUAAAAACUAUGGUAUUUCAAUCACGGCAUUUACCCAGCAAUUGGGCAUGUUCUUAGGCUAGCAAUGAAAAUUAAAGAAAUACGUGGCGACAAUACCAAAAUAGGUGUUUUCAGUGAAUUUUCGAGAUUGUCGAGAUUUCAUAUUUUACGAAUCCCCUUAUGACGAAAAAAUCUUGAUCUUCACAAGUUUGCUAAAUGAGUUUCGAUACGAAAUAAGUUGUCGUGAGUUGAAUAAAAGUUAUUUAUAACAUGUGAAAAUAACCAUUCCAUUAAUUCCAGUAUUAAAUCAAAUGCUUUGUGACGAGAAGGGUUAA